AUGGCACGUCUGUUGGAUCUUCCAGCGGAAGUGAUUCUAUCCAUUUAUGAAUAUCUACAAAUGGACACAAAGCAGACACCACUGCUAUUCUAUGAAUAUGGAGAUGCCUAUCGGUACGUGAAAGACCGUGAUCCUCCACCCAGCGUCAAAAACCUCCAUUCUUUCCUGCUCGCCUCCGAUCGCCUCCAUGGUCGUUUUAUUCAGGCAAUGUUCUAUCGCGAUGUAUUUGUCCCCAGCCGUGAUUACCUCCGUAGAAAUUGUGCCAAAAAUACUCCGCUGCAACAGCUAGACCGGACUCUUAAGGACGAUCCGAGUCGCCAGGAACACAUCAUUUCAGCGACCAUUCCAUGUGAAGAUUCUGUUGAUUUCCGUCAAUUCUUCUGGUUCAAUAACAUACGAAACCUUACUAUCAUUGAUUCGUACGACGGCCAUUGGGAUCCUUUGAAGUUUGAAGACGACUCCCAUAUCGGCACUUCACCCGUCGAGUGUCUAAGGCUGAUCAGUUGUGAGGCGGAUGAGGAGGCCCUGACUACUAUAUUCAGCUGGCCAGCAGCGUUGAAAAAGGUUCACUACGAUGUCGAACAAAGCGCAUGGGGGUGCAAUUGCGGGGAUUGCGGACUCCCACCAUGGUCAUGUGCUGCUUUUGUGCGUCCACUACAAUCCCAAAAAGCAUCUUUGGAAGAAUUGACAAUGACGCGGCCGCCGCUUGUCCAUGGAGGACUGGGGGAUGGACCUCACAUUGACUUGAGCGAGUUCACGGCUCUUAAAACUCUGCGCAUUUACCACGUCUUUCUCUGCGGGUGGGGGCAUUACUCCCUCUGGGAAAGCUUACCUCGCAGUCUGGAGGUAUUGGAGGUCUAUUACGAUGAUUUACAGAUCACCGACUACUUAUCUGGGGCCGAUCAAGGAUUGGGCGGUCAUUUCAUUCCUGAUUUGAUCAAGCAUAAGAGGUCGCACUUUCCACAUUUACACACUAUGAUCAUCCACUCGUCCGAAGGGGUCCCUGAGCCGGAGACAGAUAUGGGUUGGACUAUCGGACUCUGGACGGUGCCACCUUUGCUCGCGCAAGAAUGUGACGAAGCUGGCGUGAAGCUGAAUGUAUGGCUGGGGAGUAGAGAGCGUCUCAAGUUUGAUGAGGAAGAUGACAUUCUUCAGUCACUUAAAAGAAGUCAAAGCAAACAUCCUAUUCCACCAAGCAACAAAGUGGCAGCUCCAAAUAACUAUAUAUCAGAUUGA